UCGGCGAAUUGGUUUUUGUGUUGCAGUUGUGUGAAAUAAACAAUUGUUUUGUUUUUAUAUUUAAGUGAAAUUAAGUGUUUGUGCCUGUUUGAAUCAUGUCUGUACUAUUGGCAGACAUAGAUGCCACCUGCGCAGCGCUGGGUGUAAGCGAUGGUAAACGCUACCAAGCGGAGCCCGAUGCAGCCGAGGGUUUAAAGCACUUGAUUUGGAUAUUGCGCCGCGAUCUAGACAAUCAUGAGUAUCGGCGACACUUGGGACGUGCCAAGGUGCUGCAAACGGAUCUCGUCUAUAUGCUGCCCGACUAUGUGCAGGACGAGGAGCUGUCGGAUCUAUUGAUACGUCUGCUGGUUAUAUUGACCAAUCCGACAUUGUUGCUGUAUCGCGAUGGCCCGCCAAAUGAUAAUCAUGGCAGAAAAGUGUUUCUUGAACUGAUUGACAUAUUGCAGGGCUAUAAAGUAGCCUUUGCUAAGGAUAAAAUCUGGGCGGCCUUGUUUGAAAAGCUUAAACAAGCAUUGGAAAUUGCCUUUGCCAUACGCAGCGAGGAGCAGAAUUUGUUGAUUGAACGCAUCCUGGUCCUGGUACGCAAUGUGCUUCAAGUGCCGGCCAAUCCGGAGGCCGAGUGUCGGGCGGAUAACGAUGCCAGUCUUCAUGAUCAGGUCAUUUGGGCGCUGCAUCAAACGGGCAUGCUCGACCUGGUGCUCUUCAUAGUCUCCUCGCCGGAUGAGGAACAAUUUCAUUUGCACGGACUCGAAAUCAUUUGCCUACUCUAUCGCGAGCAGAGCGCCGAAUCCUUGGCGGAUGCUUCGCUCCAGCGCAGCCUCAGCGAGAAGCAGCGAGAUCAACAGGAACUGCUCGCCGCCCGUCGUCGCGAGAAUGCUCGACGCCAGGCGCGCCCGCCGCCGGGUCGUCACUCACGCUUCGGCGGCACCUAUGUCAUACGUAACAUGAAAUCCGUAUCGGAUCGCGACAUCAUUUGCCAUCAGCCGCUGCAGCGCGUCGCGGCCAUGGACUUUGAUCGCGAGAAGCAGGCGCAGAAGCGCUCGCAUCGUCACAUCAAAGAGGAGGCGCAGGUGACGCGACGUAGCGCAUUUACUGUCAGAUUGUGCCUGCGCGAAUAUUGCAUUGAGGUGCUGCGCUCCGCUUACAAUACGCUCGUGCGGCAGGUGCGACGUGUCCUGGAACGCAAUGCCGGCUCGUCGAGUCACGAUGACUCUUAUCUAUUGUGGGCCAUACGAUUUUUCAUGGAGUUCAAUCGUUUGAGUGGUCUACAAUUGCAGCUAGUCAGUGAAUCGCUGAGCGUGCAAUGUUUCCACUGGGUACUGACACGCAUGCAACAUGACAUGGACAUGAUUCUGUGCGACAAGAAGCAGGCGCGUCUCUGGGCCAAGCGACUGCAUGUGGCCCUUUUGACAUUCCGUGAAUUGCUGCAGAGCUUGCUGGCACUGCAGAAGCUGAAGGAUGAUGGAAACGCGCGUGGACUGUUCGAUAUGUUAUUGAACAAUGUGUGCUAUGUGCUGGAGUAUAGGGAGACGAUACUGCAUUUGUUAAUGAACUACAAUGAGGCGCACAGCACAAAGGUAUUCCUGCGCGACGUUGUGGAUACGGCAAAUGUGUUUAUUAAAAUGAUGGAGCGCUUCUGUCAGGAUGCAGUCGUUGUGCAGGACAAAAAGCGCGGGGCAGCUGGCAAAAAGAAGAAGAAGACGCAACAGCCGGCCAAGCCUUCCCAACAGCCAACAGAGGAAGAGCUGGCUACCAAAUGGGCUGAAAUGGCAUCGGAGGUCAGUUUGCUGCUUGCCACGGAGCUGCAGUUGCCGGAGGAGCAGCAGCCGCUGCCCUUUGAUGCCACCUUGGAGAAGUCCAUCGAAGAUCAACGCGAGGACUGCAUGAUGCGCAUAAAUAAAUUGCUGCGCAACGCUAAAUUGGAGUCGGCGAUUGCCCUGCUGCGUGCUGCCAGGGAAGUUUGGCCAGAGGAGGAUGUUUUUGGCUCAUACACUGCAGCACCGGAGGAUGAAUUGUUGCUGCUGCGCGAGAUUUUCAUGCACAACAUUACAACAGAUCUCUUUGUGUAGGAUCAGCUCAAUCUCUACAGACUAGAUACUUCUUGAAGCCACC